AUCGUAUCCAGCCCCCUUAUCCUCUUUUAUGGACUGGGUGUCAGAUUGUGCCUUUGCUUUUUCAGUCUGUGCACACUGGGAUAGCCUCCACCACUUGUUCCCAGACUCUCGCCUCCAUCUCAACCAGCUCAAGGAGCUGUCCCCAAGCCCCUAAGUAAGAGUGGAGCCAUCUCACCAAGAAGCCAGAGGAGAUACCUGUCCAUCCGAAACUAUUCCUUUACCUGUAGGGGUGGCGAAAGGGGUUUUGGUACAAUCCUCCUAAAGUUCUCCCCCCACUGAUUUUAAACUGGGACCCAAAUCUGUGACCUGUUGAUUUGGAACGUGCGAGAGGAUGAAGGGGCUGUGGCUGGUUUUGGCAGCUCUGUGCUUGGCCCUGACCAACGUGGGUGCCCGGCCGGAUAACGGACUCGACUUCCCAGAGUAUGACGGAGAGGACAGAGUCAUCCACAUCAGCUUGAAAAACUAUAAGGCCGCCCUAAAGAAGUAUGACGUUUUGGCUUUGCUAUACCAUGAACCUAUUGAGGAUGACAAAGCUUCCCAAAGACAGUUUGAGAUGGAGGAGCUGAUUUUGGAGUUAGCUGCCCAAGUCCUGGAAGAUAAAGGAGUGGGAUUUGGGUUGGUGGACUCUGAACAAGAUGCUGCUGUAGCUAAGAAAUUAGGACUGGAUGAAGAAGACAGCAUCUACGUGUUUAAGGAUGAUGAGGUUAUCGAGUAUGAUGGAGAGUUUUCAGCAGACACUCUGGUGGAGUUCCUUCUUGAUGUUCUGGAGGACCCAGUGGAAUUCAUCGAUGGAAGUCACGAACUUGCCGCUUUUGAGAAUAUUGACGAUGAACCAAAGCUGAUUGGAUACUUCAAAAAUGAGGAGUCAGAGCAUUACAAGGCCUUUGAGGAUGCAGCUGAGGAAUUUCACCCUUACAUACCAUUCUUCGCUACUUUUGACAGCAAGGUUGCCAAGAAGUUGACUUUGAAGCUCAACGAGAUUGACUAUUAUGAACCGUUCCAUGAUGAGCCUGUGACAAUUCCUAACAAGCCCAACAGUGAAAAGGAGAUUGUAGACUUUCUGCACCAGCACAAGAGACCAACACUGAGAAAGCUCCAGCCUGACAGCAUGUACGAGACUUGGGAAGAUGAUUUGAAUGGAAUCCACAUUGUAGCUUUUGCAGAGGAGGACGACCCUGAUGGUUAUGAGUUUCUGGAAAUCCUCAAAGAAGUUGCAGAAGACAAUACAGAUAACCCAGACCUCAGCAUUAUCUGGAUCGACCCUGAGGACUUCCCAUUGUUGAUUCCCUACUGGGAGGAGAAGUUUGGCAUUGACCUGUCCCGCCCUCACAUCGGUGUGGUGAAUGUGACAGAUGCUGACAGUGUUUGGAUGGACAUGGAUGAUGAAGAAGACCUGCCUACUGUAGAUGAACUGGAAGACUGGAUUGAAGAUGUUCUGGAUGGAGAUAUAAACACUGAAGAUGAUGACGAUGAUGACGAUGAUGAUGAUGACGACGAUGAUGAUGACGAUGACGACGAUGAUGACGACGAUGAUGAUGAUGACGACGAUGAUGACGAUGAUGAUGAUGACGAUGACUAAAUAGUCAUUAAUUAAGUCGUUAGCAUCUAACUAGAUUACAUGUACGUUGUUCACACGUCAAAAAUCUAACUUUACUAACAUAUUUUUAUAUGACUUCUUGGAAGCCAGUUGAGCUUCACAUUGAUCCCAUUCAUUUAACAUCUACAUGAAACAAUACAAAUCUGCAACAAACAUGGUUGACUAGGUGCUGUGGGCAAAGGACUUUGCAGAAUAUCUUCUACAACCCACUAGGGCCACCCAAAAAUGAAAAUUUCAUCACCACAUGACAUCUAAGGGUCUUGCAUACGCUUAUGUGUAAUCAACUAAAGAUCAAAACAACACAUAUUACCCUAUACUAAAGAGAACACAUUAAAUUACAUUUCAAUGGCAAACCAACAGGCAAAACUGUGCCUUGAAAUGGCUCCUGAAGUGCCAAUCAAAGGGUCAAGUGCUCCAACUCCAGAUCUAAAGGUAACUGGGUGGAACGUGACCCCUCUUGACUAUGCUAAAUGGUUAGGAGGGUUUACAAGGAGAAGGUCUGAAUUAUAAGACUGUUUUCCAGUUCCCUGACUGGCACUUCAGGUUGGUUAAGGUUGCACAAUGGCCCACACCAUUUUACUGCUAUUAGACCAUCUGUAACUUUUUGUCACAUAAAGGUUUUGGCCCUAGUAAUUAACCCUUAUCCCACAGUAUAGUUUAAAACAUAUUUGGAAUGCCCCCAUGUUGUACCCUUCUCGUCUCUAGCGUGCAUACAUUUGGACAUUUUGCACAAAAUAUUGUUUCCCCUGGACAUUUGAUGUUUGCACAAAAUUUAUAUUGAAAAGAAUCAAGUCUAUGAAUUGAUGCAUCACUGUCAAGGUCUUAAAGGUUCUCUACUGUGACUUCUGCAGAAACAAAACUAUUCCCACCAUUCGGAAAAAGAAAAUUGAUAACACCCAAAA